CACUCAGCAGCCUGGGCUCUGUGGGACUGAGGCAGCAUCAGCUGGCCUUGAAGAGCUGUGAUGGCGGUCAACAAGGGCCCAACUUUGCUGGAUGGAGACCCCCCUGAGCAGGAGAACGUGUUGCAGCGGGUCCUGCAGCUGCCGGUGGUGAGCGGCACCUGCGAGUGCUUCCAGAAGACCUACACCAGCACCAAGGAAGCCCACCCGCUGGUGGCCUCUGUAUGCAAUGCCUACGAGAAGGGCGUGCAGGGCGCCAGCAGCCUGGCCGCCUGGAGCAUGGAGCCGGUGGUCCGCAGGCUGUCCACCCAGUUCAUAGCUGCCAACGAGCUGGCCUGCCGUGGCCUGGACCACCUGGAGGAAAAGAUCCCAGCCCUCCAGUACCCUCCUGAAAAGAUUGCCUCUGAGCUGAAGGACACCAUCUCUACCCGCCUUCGCAGUGCCAGGAAUAGCAUCAGCGUGCCCAUCGCCAGCACUUCGGACAAGGUCCUGGGGGCCGCUCUGGCCAGCUGUGAGCUCGCCUGGGGGGUAGCCAAAGAUACUGCCGAGUAUGCCGCCAACACCCGAGCCGGCCGGCUGGCCUCUGGAGGGGCCGACUUGGCUCUGGGUGGUAUUGAGAAGAUGGUAGAGUUCCUACUCCCUUCAGCCAAGGAAGAGUCAGCCCCUGCUCCAGGACAGCAGCAUCCCCAGAAGCCCCCCAAAGCCAAGCCGAGCCUUGUGCACAGGGUUGGGGCCCUGGCCAACACUCUCUCUCGACACACCUUCCAGACCACAGCCCGGGCACUGAAGCAGGGCCAUGCCCUGGCCAUGUGGAUCCCAGGUGUGGCUCCCCUGAGCAGUCUGGCCCAGUGGGGCGCGUCGGCCGCCAUGCAGGUGGUGUCCCGGCGGCAGAGUGAGGUGCGGGUGCCCUGGCUGCACAACCUCGCCGCUGCCCAGGACGAGGAGCACGACAACCAGACGGACACGGAGGGAGAGGAGACGGAGGAGGAGGAGGAAUCGGACACCGAGGAGAACAAGCUCAAAGAGGUGGCAGCCCUGCCCAGCCCGCAAGGCCUCCUGGGCGGUGUGGCCCACACGCUGCAGAAGGCCGUGCAGAGCACCAUCUCCGCCGUGACGUGGGCACCCGCGGCUGUGCUGGGCUCGGCAGCCAGGAUGCUGCGUCUCACCCCGGCCCGUGCGGUCUCCUCCAGCAAGGGGAGGGCCAUGUCCCUGUCAGACGCCCUGAAGGGCGUCACUGACAACGUGGUAGACACGGUGGUCCACUAUGUGCCGCUCCCCAGGCUGUCGCUGAUGGAGCCCGAGAGCGAAUUCCGGGACAUCGAGGAGGCCGAGCGCCGGGAGGCCGAGCGCAGGGCGUCUGGGGCGCCGCCCGCGGGCCCGGAGCCCGCGCCGCGUCCCCCGCAGCCCCGCGGCAGCCUGCGGCCCGCGCGCAGCCCCGGGGCGCCCCCAGGCCCGGGGCCGGAGGACAGGGCGGACGCGCCCGCCGCGCCGCUCUCGUCCUUCCCGACCGUGGCCCGCGAGAAGCCGAGGCGCAGGGUCAGCGACAGCUUCUUCCGGCCCAGCGUCAUGGAGCCCAUCCUGGGCCGCGCGCAGUACAGCCAGUUGCGCAAGAAGAGCUGAGCCCCGCGCCUCCGCCGGCCGCCCCGAGGCGAGGCCCGGGCGGGCUCUCCGCCCAGAAACAGAACCUGCACUUCCGAGUGCGCGGUGACCUCUUCCAAGUAGCCCCCUGAGAACCGAGCCUCGUUCCGCGGCGCUGCCGAGGCACGCGUUAUCUUUUCAGCACCGUUUUGGGCUUAGCUGUCAGAACCUAUUUUUAAGAAGCGUCAGAGCAGCAGCUUGCCUUGAUUCUAUGCCUUGUUUUUGUUUUGUUUUGUUUUUUUAACCAAAAGAUUAAUUGUUUGACUUGAUCUCUCACUUCUUUAACCAAACUUGUGGCCAAACGACAGUUGAUGGUUUCCAAAAGUUAGAUCCAUCCUCUGUAGACAAAGAUUAUGCAGAAGUCUCUGACAUAUGUUUAAGGCCUGAGCUCAGAGAUUCCUCCGAGUAUCCAGCCUCUCAGCAGACUACCUUGAAGGGAGUGACAAUUAGGUGCAAAAGCUGUUGUAUGUUUUUGUCAAUAUUAGCCUCCCUUUCCGAGUACGCAUACUCUUCGCAGGGUGAGUCCCGGCCUCCGCUCUGUAGCGCCACCUCCUGGCUCACAGCCGCACUGCCAUGUGCAUCCUUCCUGCUUUCCAACUGUGCGUUCCCUCUUCCACCGCCUUUCGAACGCAGGCGCCCCCAGUGCCGGGGGACGACAACGGUGACCGUUCACCUUAUAAAGUCCAAACUACAUAGACCAUAUGUACGGACUCUGUAGUAGCCACAAUUCAUUCCAGGUCCUAUUUCUGAAAACGUCGAUAUUUGGAAAUCUAGGGAACGCAUACCUAUAAUUUAAAAAUUCAAAUUGCAAAAGGGUGUGUGUCUUCCUCACUGAGUUCCCCAGUUGCCCUUCACAGAAACCACUGCGCUGGCAGUAUCGCGGAUAUCCUUCCAGGUACAGGCUGCGCAUGUGCAAGCCCACUUUGUUCACACAGCUUUGGGAUGUGAUCCUGCUUUCCUCACUUAACAAUACAUCUUAGAGAUCUUUCUGUAUCAGCACCACAAAUCCUCCUUGCUCUUUUUAAGGGCCAUGUAGUAAGUGUUUCAUAAUGUAGAUGUGCUAUCUUUGAUUUACCUUGUUCCCUAAUGAUGGACUUUCAGGUCGUUUCCUUCUUUUUUUUUUUUUUUUUUUUUUUUUUUUUUUGCUCCU